UUACGUAGCUAGAAGAAUUAUAUCGCCUUCAAGUUCCGGAAUUCAGAGGUAAAGGACAACCGACUUGUACUGGGCCCUAAAUAUCAGUUUGCCUUUGCCGUCUGACGUAACAGCAAAUGUUUGUGUUCAAUUGAAUGACAAUUAAGUUUGGGUUCCGCGUAACAAAAGGGAAUUUUGCACGUCAUUAGAGUGCAGAAAGUUGACCGUCAACAGAUGUGACGGAGGGCUAGAGAACUUUCGCUUUUAUUUUGGUUUACUUUGUCACAAUACUUUGUUUCAUCUCCCAAGUCAACGGCGUACCAACUACCGGCCGCUUACUGCCAUGGCUUUUUCUCCUUGUGAAGGAUACUACAAUACCGGAGAUCAGAGCAGGUUCGAGAAUAUGAUGAAAUUGUUGCUGUUCUUAGAGGCAGAACUUCAACUCAAAGAGGAGAUCAUUGAAUUGUUGCUGGAGGACGAACGAAAUCAGGAUAUUCUCAAUGAAAAAUUAACUCUGCUAAACCGGAAAGAGCAGCACGACCCCGUCUUAGCCCUGGGACGAGAUAACGUCUAUGAAGAAGAACUAUGGGAAGAACAUUUUGAUGAGUGGGAGUCUGGUAAGGACUCCUCGUUUGAUCACUUGGUUAAGAGUAAUGCCAGUCAGCUGUGCGCAGUUGCUGCCAUGAGAACUAUAGAAAUGGCGCAGGUGCAGCACGCAAAAUACAUCAAGACCUACAAGUCCCUUGAGAAAACUGGCAGGAGUUACAAGAAGUUAAAACAGCAGUUAACUGCGAAGGAAACCAAAGUAGAAGCUAAGGACACGAAUCGGGAGCCUGAAUCCGAUUGGGAGAUACGUGAGCUCGAAAUGAAAAUCGGAGAACUGUAUCUUCAGAUCGAUAGUGAACGCGAGAGGAACGAAGAACUAGAAAGGAAAAUCGAAGAACUUAAUACAUCGAUCAACAAGGAACGAAGGAGGUGCAAAAAAGUUAUCGAAACGCUGGCCAAUGAAGUAGAAAGGCUUACAAAUCUGGUUAAAGCACAGGGGCGUAAUGGACACCAUUUGAAUGGUUUUAAAAUGAACCAUGACAGACAGGAAUCCACCAAAAUGGGCUCAAAUAAUCAUAUGAAGACUUUUUCCAUAUCGAACAACAACGAACUUAAACAGUUUUGCGUGCUAUAGGAAGAAUCCCUCCUGUCCUCGUCUCUGUCACUUAUUACAAAUGCGAGAAUCAUUUUCAACAAUCACACUGGCACGGAAAUCGCAACUUAGCCCCAUGAACAUAGGAAAGAAAUUCGUGACGAACCUAAAGAGAGAGUUUGCUUGAGAGAGUAGAGACCCAAAUGCUCUUAAAACUAUGGUCCCAUGAGAAUCCCCUCUAAUCCUACUAAAAUCUCCCAAAACUAAUCGGAUUAGCUGUUGCCGUGGUAGUCAAGUGUUAGCUUUUUAAUCGAUCAAUCAAUCAAUCAAUCAAUCGAUUAUUUACCCACGUAGUAUCUAGUGAUCUAGAAAGCUCGUUCACCAUACGUACGUGCUAUUAUGUGUUAUUUAUCACUGAAUAGGGCAAGGUGCUCUAGUCAAACGGUUUUGUUGCUUCCGAUCGACAAUUCUACACGUUAGGCUCUGCGUUACGUUUUGCGUAAAAGGUUUGAAACGAUACAUCGACGAAACAUUGCUUGGGUGCAAAAUUAAAGUUGGUGAAUAAAUUCAUUCUGUUAAAAGUGUAUGUUGGGUCUAUUACCAACUUUGGUUAUUUCACUUCGAGCAGAUCAGUUGUUGGAUCUGUAUACAUCAUGAUUAUUUCACAUCGUUGUGGGAUUUCUUGCGUUCAAUCGACGCCAUCAGUUUUCUUUCCUUUUCGUUUAGUAAAUGUCAUCUUAGAUUUCCCCAGGUCUGUACAGUUUAAAAUGAUUGUAAUUUUCAUGAGCGUUGUCAAAGAAAACUCCUUUACAUUUGUAUUUUCUGUUAUGGAACCAAUCUGUUCCUGUUUUCUUCCAACAAGUUUAGAUCCGCAUUGGGAAGUUACAAAAUGACAAAAGAAUGACGAGUGAGUUCAUUUGCGGUCUUCGCACCUGUUUAUCUCAACUGUUUAAAUAUAUUGCUUGUGUCAAACAUGUUUCUUACAUUCGAGGUGAAUAAUUAAAGGAGAUUAGGUUGCCAGAAUGCUUUUGCUUCCCUUUCCUAUGACAAAACACGUCAUCGUCAACCGAUCAAUGUGCAACGUGUAAGUGCAAACUGCGGUUGGGUCACAUGUACAUGUUCAUGGCGGCUUGCGCUUCGUUCUGUGAUAGUUCCAUGUCUUAAUGUUCAUCGUUGUUAUU